GACGACAGCGACAUACUUUCGUUUUCAGAUCGAACUCAUCAUUUUUCCACCCGAUAUCGUCCUGUAAAUUACGGGUAUUCUGUUCCAGAAUUUGGAGAUGAAGGCGAAUUUCAGUCAAUGGACACUGAUUUGAACCAGUCAAACAGUGAAAAUCCAGCAAACACCAGAAUUAAUCAUGCGAGACAUGGAUCUGAAAAGCAUAGUUUGCAACCUAAUACGUCCAGCAACAGCAUUGACACAAUUGAAGAUGAUGGUAAUAUUUCCAAAAAUAUUCAAUUACCGUUUUCAGGCCAAGCUGUGCAUUUUUCUACUAGACAUCGUCCAGUAAAUUACGGUUACUCUGUUCCAUCAUUAAGCGAUGAAGAAGACUCUACGGACACUUGGACUUCUGCUAUGGAACCUGAGAAAGCAAAAACCAAAUCGUCUCAUGAAAGUGACACCAAUCAUUCAGUUACUAAAGCAAAAUUAGCGCUGUCAUCAACAAGUAUGGCAGGGAAGUCAAAUUCAGACAAAGGAAAGAGUUUGUUACCAUCAUCCAAUAAUAAACAGCAAAAAGUGCUUGGUCAGGAUCCCAGUCAGCUGUUUCUCAUCGUUUCCCCAAUGACAAAGUGGCUUGUGAAUCCCAACCCCAUUAUUCCCUUUACGACAAUGACAACGCAUCUCCGAGAUCCGAGCCAUAUCAUUCCCGGUACGACAAUAACAAAGCGUCUGCUGUUUCUCGAUCUCAAAACUCACUCAGAACCGUUAAAUUUCGAAAUAAUGAAACUUCGUCACAACUCUUACAUCGAGGCAUAGUCAAAGCAAACUUUGGAAUCCAGGAUAAUCAGAAGUUAACAAGUGGAUUAUUUGAACGAAUGAAGUGGAUGGAUUUGGCUCUUCAAAAGAAAAUUUUAAAUGAUGAGCCAGAGCAAGAUGGUUUUAAUUUCGAAAUCUUCCCUCUCACUUCAAUGUUGGAAUUUGAAGAAGUGAACGACCAGCUCAAGCCUUUUCAUGCUCGAAAAUCUUUAAAAGAGAAACUUGCAGUAAUUGGAGGAAAAAGUCCUGCAAGUGUAGUGAGGAAAAUCCUAAAAAAGGUUCUGGAUAAGGAGUUCUGCAAGCAAUUUAGCUGGUACGGGCGAAGAGGAAAUUGCAGCUUGGGAUCCUCUCUUCUUGGAAAAAUAAUACUAGAAUCCGCUACUUCUAGUAAGACGUUACCCAUAACAGAAACAGACGCCAUUGACGCAGCAAUGUCUUGGCUUCGCCAUUUAAAGGAUAAGAAGACUAACGCUAAUUGAAACAUCAGCCCUAUCAACCGUGGUUUCCUCGAUCAACCAAGAACAUUACAUUUUAAUUAUUUUAGUUAUGAAUUUAGGCGAUUUCUUUAUUCAUUGUCUUUUCUUUUAAUUAACACAACUAAAUUGCAAUUAGCGGUUUUCGUGUUGAAUUUAUUCUGUUUGUAUUUAUUGUAAGAAAUACAGUUUC